AUGUGCGCUAAAGCUCGGCCAGGAUUCUCACCCCGCAUCGUCUGCUGCCGAAAAGCCGGAUGCCAUAAUGGCAUGCUCCUCCGUCAGCCAGGUGGCACCGAAGCCAUGUUCGUCUUUGGAGAGCUCCUGCACGAGGACGGAACUCUGGACCCUGAGGAAUGGGCCCUUUUCAGGCAGCUAUAUGACCGGAGCACGCAGCAGCUGGAGGUGCCCAAGAUCUGCAUAUGGGUGGACACUCCAGCUGAGGUCUGCUUCGAACGCGCACGCAAGAGGGGGAGAGAGGCGGAGACGCCGCUCACUCUGGCCUAUUUGAAGAAGUUGGAGGCGAAGUAUCACGACUUCCUCUCCAGCGAGGAAGCUCACUUCGACGAGGUGUACCGCAUAGAUGGUCGUCAGAGUGCACGGGAGGUGCUGCGAGCAGCUGCAGCUGUAGUAGCCUCGAAGAUGAGCUAG